AUCGAUGAGCUAAGCGCUGAGAAUAUGAAUGUGCCCAAUGCGGGGUUAAUUUGUAUCGAUAGACAUGUGUUUUCUUUGAGGGAAGGUUCGUAUAGGCAGGUUAGUUUACAUCCAAAAUUUUGACCAAGAGAUUAAGUGAAUUGUUUUGGGGUCAUGAAGAAAUUAUUUGGAACUUUAAGGAACCAUUGGAAGAAAUCAACAUUAGGGGUUGCAGUAUUGGCAUAUGGGAUAAAUUAUGGGUUGAACUCAUUUGAACUAGGUUCAAUGAUGAGAACAGUCUGUGCCGAAGCAGUUAAACACGGUGACAGACCAAUCUCAGAUGGUAAACCUCGCCGCAUCACCGUAAUUCUCAAUCCAGCCUCCAAUAACAGGAAAUCCAAGAAAAAUUUUGAGAAUUACUGUGCUCCUUUAUUAUAUCUUUCAGGAGUUUAUGUUUCUGUUAUUGAAACAGAAAGAGAAGGCCAUGGCCGAGACAUCAUUAAAAAAAUUGAUCCGAAGACAGAUGCUGUGAUUGUUGCUGGAGGAGAUGGAACUUUAUCAGAGAUAAUAACCGGAUUAAUGAGAUAUAAAGGUGAACUGUGUAAAAUACCAAUUGGUGUGCUUCCUCUAGGGAAAACGAAUACUCUUGCUAAACGAUUAUAUGGUGUCGAAGACUGUGUUUCAUAUACAGGAAUGGUAAAUGCAACAAUGGCAAUAAUCAAAGGGAAUACUAAAACUAUUGAUGCUUUCAGAAUAGAACUUUUACAGAGCACGGAAGUAGAAGCAAGACCUCCUGUUUAUGGAGUUAGUGGAAUCGAAUGGGGUUUGUGGCGCCAUGUAAAAAAGCAAAAGGAUGCUUUCUGGUAUCUUGGGCCGUUUGGAAAAUAUGCCCCUCUCAUAUUUCAUGGGAAUGCUUUAGAAAAGGAAGUUACGGCAAAAGUUCGAUACACCAAACCUUGCUCUGGUUGUUCCGACUGCUACUCUCAGAGACCAGAUCUUAUGCUUCAAUCUUCUUCUCAGCAACAAGUCGGUUCCAGAUGGUGGAAUGUGCUAUCACUUAAAAAUAGACGUCUUCAAAAUCAAGGAAUGCAGGCUGUUGAUUACAGUAAAAUUACCAAUCCAGAAUGUAGCAGAAUUGAAGAAAUAUCUGUAAAAACGUCUGACUUGUCUGUCGUAACUUCAAAUGAUCCAUUUGUUGAUCUUAACAAAGAAAAACCCCAUCUGCUUCUUUCUAUAGCUCCAAAAACAAAAUAUCAGGGCCAACUUCUGUUCGAUGGUUACAAAUUCUUGAAUGAAGGAAAACCAUCGAUAGGAAAAAUAGAAAUGAAACAACUUGAAAUAAGACCUGAGACAGCGAAAACAGAAGGCGAUGAAGAAAAUCUUUCUAUAGACAAUGAAGACUUCGAAGUUCGGCCAAUAAGGGUCACUGUGUUACCAAAUGCAGUCAAUGUGUUUUGUCCAUAGUUAUUUAUUACUAUUUAAAAAAAUUAAGAUUAUAAAAAAUAUAAAUAAUUUUAAAUUAAUAUUUGUUUCAUUAUAAUGAAGUUAUGUGUAUAUAUCCAGUAACUAAUUCUGUUUGUAAAGAGAUAUCGAAAUUUGUCUGAAAAUAUUUGUAGAAUAGUCAUUGUAUAUCAUCUUACAAUUUUUAGAUAAUAGACAAUAUCAUAUAUAAUCAAGUGUAAUGUUAUCUUAAUUUUGAAAAGUAUUGCCAUUGAUGAGGCAUAAUUUUUAAGUUAUUGUUCUAAAUUACAUAUUUGACUAAUUCUUGACAAUUAGUGAUCUGUUUAGGAAGUACUUGUUAAAUAUGUAGUGUAUUGCUCUGUUCUCUAUCUUUUUGAUUUUCAGGGAUAGGUUUAAUACAUAUUUGUAGUACACUAUUUUAGUGUAUAUAAUUUCUGUUCAAAGAUCAGUUUUUCCAUAUUUUUUUUAUUUUGUUAUGUACAUUGUAUAUAUAUAUAAAAUAUAUAAAGACUUUAAAAAAAAAAUUAUA